AAAAAAUAAAUGUAAAACUUCUAAAAAAUAAUAAUUAUUGAAAUGUUUGACAUUUAAAAAUGUCUAACAAAAUCAAUGUCAAACUCAAAUCUCCUUAAUUUAAAUUUUAUAUUUUGUUAUAAAUGCAUGAAAAUGAGACUAAAGAAUUGAGUGUGUGUAUGGCAAUUUCUUUUGGGAAGUUAAAAGGAAUCGGCAAAUGAUCUUUUGUGACACUUUCUUGUGUUAAUACAUAUACUGUUAGAGAGAGAAGGGAAAAAAGCCUAAUUGUUAGGGUAGUAUUAUCAAAAUUUUAAUUGCCACGAAAGCCCUUCUUAAAACCCUUCGUUCUUUUCUAAAGUCUAAACCCUGCAAAAAACUGAUACCCAAAUUCUACAAAUGCAUUACAGCCUCCUCCACCUCCGUCGUUCCCAUCACCGCCACCACCAAAUCCGGCGGCUCUACGAUGCGGCAGCGUCGAUAAAUUGCGUCCGAGACCGCGGUCUCGACCACGCCGUGGAGAGAGAAAGGAACCUCAAGCCAGUCCUCAACCUCAAAAACCUCAUCGUAUCUGAGCCCUCAAAGUCGCUCCCACUCUCCAUCAUCACUCAAUCCAAAGAUUCCCUGAGAAUCCCUGUUCGCCCAAUUGAACUUAUCCGUAGAUACAGGUCGGUGUUUGAAGAAUUUCUCCCUGGCGGAAUUGGCAUCCAACCCCACAUCAAGCUCACCCCUGAGGUCCUCAACUACCACAAGGAAGAACAGCUUGUGUACGAAAGUGUUCUUUACAAACAAGAUGUAGCUGAUCGGCUCCUGAAGCUUCUGAUGGUUAGUAGAAUCAAUAAAAUUCCUGUUCGUGUUGUUAAUGAAUUAAAAUGGGAACUGGGUUUACCCCAAGAUUAUUUGAAAUCCAUUGUUCCGGAAUUUCCUGACUAUUUUAGGUUGAAAUGUGAGUCAAAUGAAGAUGUAUUAGAGUUAGUAUGUUGGAGUGACGAGCAUGCUGUUUCGACUCUUGAAAAGAAAAGGAGUUUUCCCAUUGAGUUUCCUUUGAAGUAUUCCAGUGGUUUUGAGAUGGAUAAGAAGUAUAAGAAAUGGGUGGAUGAGUGGCAAAAGUUGCCUUACAUUUCGCCUUAUGAGAACGCUUCUCAUCUUGUUUCCAAGAGUGAUGAGUCGGAUAAAUGGGCUGUGGCCAUUUUACACGAAGUUCUGAAUCUUUUUGUUGGAAAGAAGGCAGAGAGGGAGGUUUUGCUUGGUUUAGGAGAAUGGUUAGGUCUGAGGUCGAGGUUUAAGAGGGCAUUUUUGCAACAUCCGGGUAUAUUUUACGUCUCCAGCAAGCUCAGAACUCAUACUGUUGUUUUGAGGGACGGUUUUAACCGGGGCAUGUUGGUUGAAAGGCUCCCUCUGAUGGAAGUGCGGUUUAAGUAUGUUCAGUUGAUGAACACCAUAAAGGAGGACCCGGUAAAUAAAGAGAAACCGAAAGAAUCUCCGAAGGAGGGCCUGGGAAAUAAUGAGAAACUGAAAGAAUCUGCAGAGGACGACCCAGGAAAUAAAGACAAUCUGAAAGAAUCUACAAAGAUACAUGAUGGAAAAGAUAAGGAAGAACAAGGGGAAUUCUAUGAGUUAUCAGAUGAACAGAGUACUGAUGAUUAUGAAGACCAUGAUGAUGAUGAUGAUGAUGAGCCUACUGAAAGGAAGAAUUCAAGAGCAUCUCGGAAUAGAAGGUUUGAAGUAGGGGAGUCGCCAAGUAGAAGAAACUCGAGUGGAAGGAAAUCAAGAUUUAAUGUUAGAACAGACAUUCGUGAUUCUGGAAGGGUCCAUGGGAGAUCAUCGCGAAGAAAUAACAAUAAUAAUAAUGAUGAUGAUAAUGAGUAUGCUGAGAAGAUGAAUUCAAACAAUUCAGUGUCAUCACGAAAUAGAAGGUUUGAAGGAAGAGAGUCUCAAAGUACUGCCUUAAGGGGACCAGCUAGAAGAAACUCAGGUGGAAGUACUACUAAAUUUCAUUUGAGAACAGAGACUCGUGAUUUCCGAGGGAGAUCACAGAGAAGAAAUGACGACAAUAAUUCUGAUGGACAAAAGGGAAGGAUGAAUUCAAAAAAUAAGAGAGCACCAUAUGAGAAACAGAACAAAGUGAGUAAAAGUGCGGCUUUCUGAGAGUGCUGGAAGAAGUAGAUGUGAAUUGAGAAAGCAUAUACAGCGCCAUAUCCCAGGAUAUUUGGAAAUGCUUUUUAUAUCAUUAGGGGUGUUACAUGCCUUCAGAAACUGGAAGUAUUCCUUCAAAGAAAGGACUUCAACCAGGUGAUGCUGGGAUGUUAGGCAACCUAUUUUUGUUACAUGCCUUCUGCAAAUGAAUGAAAUUGCUUGAUUCGUUGUUGGCAAUCCACGAUGUUGUGUUUUAUGAUCUGCCACAUAUAAAUUUUCCCCAUGCAAGUACUGAAGUUGCAUGCACCAUACUCUCUGCUUCAAGAGCAGACCUUUUCGGCCAACAAGAGGCACUUCGCUGCAUGGCGUCUGAUCUGUUGAUUAUGAAAGCCAGCAACAAGUCACCCUGGUGGUUGUAAGGCUUGUUUUAUUGUUGUCGGGGAAUUAUUUACUAUAUUUCUUAAGAAUGAAGUUUGCCUGACAUAAUCGGGAAGGAAAAUUUUGAAGUUGUAAAUCCUGUUGAAAGGAUGUAAAAUUUGCUCAACGCUAUCUGAUUUUUUGUCACACCAGACGCUCCAUGGACAUAAGUUUGCCUUACAGGGAGUUUUGAACCAAAUCUAAUUGAAUGUAAUUUUUGUACACAGAGAUUUGGUGAUUAUCUGUCUGUGUUCCUUUUCUGUUUCCUCCAAUCCGUCUUGAUAUUGUUCCCUUUCAACUGCAUUGUGUUUUACUCGCUGAAUUAGUCUUCUGAGAAUCAGUUAGAUGGACAUCUCAAAUGCAGAUUUUAGAAAGGGCUUGUCUGUUCUUCCCUACAUCCACAUUUCAUGUUCAAAGUGUUAGAAUUAAUGUCAAGUUCUUCCGUGUCUUACUAAUCUCCUGGAAAUGGUUUGUGACAGAAUUAAUCAUUAGUUUGUGAUCAAACUUUUAUCAUCCCGUAUUGCCUUCCCCUGUGAACAUUGCUCACAUUAAAAAAUUUGAACAGAGCAUUUUAAGGUCUUAUCAGAAACCUUUCAGCAUUGAUUGGAACUAUUGGACUAUAACAAGUUGUUUUGUGUCUUCUCACUCCAGCUACUUUAGUCAUUGAACUGUUUUCUGGAUGAACUCGCAUCUAUCAUCAUUACUCGUUAGAGUCAGUUGGACCAUAGUAUUUACUACUCAAGGGAUUAACUUGGUCAGGCUACCAAUAGUCAUUGCAGGAGCAGAACCCAUCCCUAAAAUGAUGGAAGCGACUCGAAUCUCUUAAAAUAAUCUCACGGUCAACAAUUUUCGCUAUGAGUUUGAUGGCAGAGUGGCAAUCCUCACACACACGCAGAUUCUUCAUAACUGUUAUCGGUCCGCAACUCCCUGCAUUACUGAUUAGAGCAAAACAUAUAGCUAGCCUCUCACUAUGAAAGGACAAUGCUGCUUCUUUUUGUUCAUCUUCAACAUCAUGUAGAGAAUAUCUCCGAUCAGGGACAUACCCCAAGUCCUUCAACUUUUCACCCAACCAUUCCAGCUUUUGAUAUAUUUCACGGCUGAGAGGGUGCGAUCUACUGCCAGACACAAAUUCGUGCCUCACCCCCUUGUGCGUUACCCAACUGAUUCCGGGUGUUUUGAUGGUUCCACACUUUUUCAUCUGUGUUCUAACUUUGGCAACAUCAUUCCAUCUACCAGCAAAUGCAUACAUAUUUGACAGCAGUAUAUGAGCAGAGCUGCAUUGGGGCUCCAUAUUUAAAAUAUCAUGUGCGACUUUUUCAGCUAUAUCAAAAUUGUAAUGUUUCCGGCAGCCAUUUAGAAGAGAGAGCCACAUUGACAAAUUUGCUCUCAUGGGCAUGUUUGUAAUUAACAUUUCUGCCUCUUCCAAUUCUCCACAUCGGCAUAGUAUGUCCAACAUGCAGGAAUAAUGUUCAAGCUUCACUUCCAUUGAUUUACUUUGUUGCAGACACUUAAAGAUAUGUCUUCCCUUCUGAAGCAUGCCAGAAUGACUACAAGCAGAAAGCAAACCAGUAAACGUGAUACCAUCCGGCUCAAAUCCUGCACGUAUCAUUUGACAGAAAAGGGCCAGGGCUGGCUUGCCAUAUCCAUGUUGUGAACAACCAACAACUACAGAAUUCCAAGAUACAAUGUUCUUGCAUGUAAUCUCGUUGAAGACAUCUAUGCCAUAACUUAUAUUUCCACAUUUAUUAUACAACACAACAAGAGAAUUACCCACAAAGUCAUCAGUGUCCAAUCCAAGCUUGACGGCUGCACUGUGUAUUUGUUUUCCAAGAUAAAUGACCUCCAACUCACAAGAAGAGUGUAAGGCACUGGUAAAGGAAGAUUGAUUGGGAAGAAUUCCAUUUCGAAACAUGGCCACCAAAACACUUAUGGCCUCUUCAUGCUCAUUAUUCGAACCAUAUCCAGUCAUAAGCGAUGUCCAAACCACAACAUUCAUGUGCAGCCUCUCGCUAAAAACUUUACAAGAAUCUUUCAUUCGCUUAAAAUUCGCAUAGAACGAGAUAAGAGAAGCACUAACAUAUGCAUCAAAAAGGGCCCCUAACUUGAUCAUAUGCCCAUGAAUUUGAAGGCCAAAAAAUAAGUCCGACACUUUUGGGCAAGCUGUGAUCACACUUGAGAGACUACUCGCGUUCGGCACUACACCAGACCUCAUCAUCUCCAAGAAAAGCACCCGAGCCUCGUCACUCCUUCCAUGUCGAUCGAGUCCACUAAUCAUAGAAGUCCAUAAAAUAACAUUCUUACAAGGAAUCAUGGCGAAUAGCUUGAUUGCGUCCUCCACUCUACCAUUUUCGAAAUAUCCAUUUAUCAUUACAUUCCAAGCAGCGGAAUCCCUCACAGGCAUCGCCCAAAACAACCUCUCCGCCUCUUCAACUCUUCCAUGUCUUAACAACCCGUUAAUUAAAGUAGUCCAGGAAAUUACAUUCCUUUCAGGCAUUUCAUCAAAGAGUUUCAAACCCAUCUCUAGUUUCCCAAGACGCAAAUACCCCUUCAACAUUAAAUUCCAUACAACUAUGUCUUUCUCAGGCAUUUUCUCAAACACGUCUAAGGCUUCAUCAAAGUUGUCGUUUUCGAUUAACUUGGCGAUCAUUUUAGUAGAAUGAUACACAUGUGGAGAUCUAAUAUUUCCAGAAACGGCUUUGGCUUGAUCAACCUUUUGACUCGUGAAGUGUUUACACAAAACUGGAUCGUUAUUCGGAGCCCUUAAAUUGGAGAAUUCAGCAAAACCCAUUAAAGGUUUUGUGGGCUUCGAAGAAAUGUGUCUCUGAAAGUUAAAAAGGUGAAGGAUCUUCUUGGUGAAGAAUCCAAAUUUCGAAACAUGGGGGGAUGCAUUUCUGUACAUUUGGGAAGAGGCCUUAGCAAAUUAGUAUGAAGAGUUUACAGAAAGCAGUGUGAGGUACAAAACCAGUAGCUGGAAGUGCUGGAACCUUGGAUUUUGGUGAAAAAAAAAAAUGGAAUGAAUUAUGUUGGGACGAAGAUUAAACCC